ACUGUCAUAAACACAGUGCACUAUGACAGCGACAGCACAACAAAACAAAAACAAUCAGUAAGCUUUGAGGCAAAAUCGAUAGAAGACAAUGAAAAAGUUCAAAAACAGUUUGUAGUUGCUUAAUAGAAACCGAAAAAUAAAGUUUUAACUGCACCGUAGAGUAGCAAUGACCGACCGGAUUCGUCCGGCAAGAUCCCGUAGCACAAGGUAUACUAAACUAGAGAUAGAAAAAUGAACGGUUUAUCAACCCGUAGCAAGUUUGGCUCUCUGAUCGGGGUCCUAUACGUUGGCCACUCGAGUUGCAAAUUUCUGAUCUACGCAGCGAAAAAUGCGGAAGUGCUAACCUGCCAUGAAGAACCGUUGGAAUCACUCUCUCCUCAGUCCGGCUGGGUCGAAUUCGAUCCACUGCAGAUUUGGCAAUCGGCCAAGCUCUGUGGAGAACGGGCUGUGCAGAAUCUGUUGCUGCUGGAUAUCGAUCCAAGCGAUAUUGUUGCAGUGGGAGUGUGCAAUCAGCGUGAGACCUGCGUCCUCUGGCGACGGGACGAUGGACAACCGUUAUGUAAUGCAAUCAGCUGGUGCGAUACGCGGACCUCGGACAUUGUAGCCGGCCUUCUGGCGCGAGUGAAAGGAAAGGUGAACUUUCUGAAGGAGGUCUGCGGGUUACCACUGGCCAACUGUUUCAGCGCAGUAAAAAUUCGUUGGAUGCUUGACAAUGUAGAGGGGGCGGAGAGUCAGGACUUAAUGUUUGGUACGCUCGAUAGUUGGGUGAUUUGGAACCUGACGGGUGGAGCGAACGGCGGUAUUCAUGUUACCGAUGUGACGAAUGCUUCCAGAACGAUGCUGAUGAAUUUGGAAACCCUACAGUGGGAUCAGAGAUUGUGCCAUUUUUUUAAAAUUCCCCUAACGAUACUGCCUGAGAUACGAAGCUGUUCGGAAAUUUUUGGCUAUAUCAGUGAGGGAUCCCUGAGUGGCAUUCCGAUUGCUAGUUGCAUUGGCGAUCAGCAGGCAGCUCUGCUAGGUCAGAUCUGCCUCAGUGCAGGACAACUCACCUGUAAUCUAGACGAUGGUGGAUUCCUUAUGUUCAACACUGCUCAAGAGAUCAUUGAUUCUAAUAAUAGACUUCUAUCGACGGUCGCUUACAAGCUCGGUCCGACAGUGGAUGCAUUUUACGCACUGGAAGGUGCAAUACCACAUGCCGGUGAUUCCGUGGCAUGGUUGCACAAGAACCUUCAGCUUUCGAGUCAAAACGGUUCUCUCGCGCAGAGCUUUCUCGGUGAUUCAACAAAUCCGUCUGCCCUCAUUUCAUCAAUCUGUUCGAGCCAUUCCCUAAGUGCAUAUGCAGGGGAUACGAGUAAUUCAAACUACGGAGUGAUUUUGGUGCCUGCUUUCAGCGGAUAUUACGCUCCUUAUUGGCGAUACCGAGCUCGUGGAAUGCUUUUCGGUUUGACACUGCAAAGCACUGCUCAGCAGAUUUUGUUUUCAGCGUACGAAGCCAUUUGUUUUCAGCUGCGCGAAAUUCUGGAAUCCCUUUCGAAGGACUGUCGGACAUGGCCAACCGUGAAGCGGUUGGUUGCUGGUGGAGAGCUUAGCGAGAAACCGUUCCUCAUGCAGAUGCUUGCCGAUCUGUGUGGGGUUGGUAUCGAGCGACCGCAAACGUCCACACCAGUCUGCCUGGGUACGAUGCUUGCCGCCGGCCUUGCCAGUGGAAUACUGACAUUGGAAGAUUUUCGAACCACGUGCAUUCCUCCGGUUGACCAUUACGGGCCGACACUUAACUCUAGUCAACGUGAUAGGAAAUUUCGCAAAUGGAAAAUGGCGGUGGCCCGCUGUCUUAGCUUUGAUUCUGUGGCGGGAACGGAUCUUACCAAAUUUAGCAUGGAAGAGCAUGAUCCAGACUACUCAGUACGCUGUUCCAUACCCGGCGCCGUGUAUUUAAUCACUUCCUUCGCUCUCGUGGUGCUCGCCGAAAUUCUACAGAAGAGUCCCAAUGUUUAGUUGAGCCGCGGCGGAACGUGGUAGUGUUUCAAAUUGUUCAAUUUAUUACUGUUGACCGUAGAGGAUAUUUCUCGCUUAUUUGUGACCUCAAUCAAACGCACCCAGUGGAUCGUUUCAAUCACGCUUUGCAGCGAUCCAAGCAUCACUUAAUGGAAUAAACUGUUAGUUAUUGUUGCAA